UGAAACCUUGUCCAGUUUUAAACAGAUUCUAUAAACUAACGAAGAGAGAACAGAGCGGUUCACGGUCCGGGUGCUGCGAUGGGGAAAACGUAUCAAGUGUUCGUGAACGGCCUGAAAGGAAAAACAAAUACUAUUGAUAUUGGAGAAUCCGAAGAUGAUUUCAAAAGGAUGACAGUCCUCAGUUUAAAGAAGAAAGUGGUCGAGAAAGUGCUAUCAGAGGUCGGGGACACAUGUGACCUCCGCCUGCUUUUUUCCAAUGAGCAACUGGAAGACAAGAAAACAUUGGCUGAUUACGGGAUCCAGGACAGAUCCACAAUACUCGCCGUACUGGGUCUGGUAGGAGGGGGAAUGUACAGCGAGUGAGAUUCUCACCCGUGAAACAUUCGUGUGGAAAUGAAGAUUCUAGACAAUGAAUAGUGAUGAUCCAUAUCUCUCUGAUCCGAAAAUGCCGACACAACGAUAAUCUUAACAUUCAUAAAGUGUAUGUUAUCCAAUGUACCUUAGUAUUUAUUUCAAUAUGGGGCUUCAACAUUUCACCUGUUGUUCUAUACACCGUAUUCUCGUCUGUAAACCAAUCCUGCAUUGUUUCAAUACUAUAUUUUUAUCCUCACCGAAAUAGUCUUUGUAUUUUCCCAUCAGCUGUUUAGCACGGGAGAGUAAAUGCAUGAUUACACUGCCUAUCGAUUCAAUAAAUACAACGAGGCAGUUUUGUAUAAACGUUGCAUGCAUGACCUUUGCUCAAACAUUAUUUACCUUUAUCCUUUAUUAAUAAAUAUUUUAAAUGAAUGCAGUGUUGUGUACAAGCACAAGGUUGGUGUUUAAGACGGGAGGUGAAAAUAUUGGAGAACUAAAUGUGGAAAGAUGACUAAUGAAGGCAAGCAUGCCAAAUAACUGACUCACCACUGCUUUCAGGGAACUAUGCUCUUCUACCCCGAGGCCUGCCCUGGUUUAACACCAAAAUGCAACACGUUGCACUUGUCACAGUUAUAUUCUAUUUGCCAUUCCUUGGCCGACUUUCUCAUUUGUUCCAGAUUGUAAUCCUAAAUAACCUUCUU